CAUUCAUUAUGUUUGGCACCGUCGACGCGGCCACAACACAAUUCUCUCUGAAUCCGAAAGAUCUUCGUCACGUCGAGAUUGUCAAUUCUUCUAAAUUCUUAAGCCGACUUACGAGACGUGUGUGUGUGUGUAUGUGUGUCUCUAUCUGUGCAAGUGUGUAUUGCAAUUUGAAUAAAAAUGUCUGAAAUGUGGAUUUGUGUACCAAGCUGCUGACACUUGUUUGCCAAGAACUAGAGUUCAGAGUUGACCUCUAGCUAAGAGAUUUACUUUUAUUGUAUGCAAUAAAUAACAAAAUAUAUACAAAUAUUUCAAAGUAAGCAACAGAAUGCUAUCGCCACAGUAUCGCCACUUAAUUGUGCUGCUAAGCCUGAGCGCAGCUGUCUUUGCCGAAGAGUCAAUAACUGCGGAACGCAACCACAAGAAACGUCAGAUCUAUCGCGAGCAAGUGCUGCCACAUGCGGGUGGCAAGAUACCCGACACCGCCUUUGAAACCGAUCGCCUGUUUCUGAACCGCCUGCAAAAGGAGGGCAUUUCCGUGCCAGAUGGCAUUGUGCCAGAGCAACGCAAUCCACAGGUCUAUCAAUACUAUAAUAAGCCCAUGCGCACCGUUUACCACAUAGCGCUCAGCUCCGAUGGCCGUUAUACGCCCCGAGAAGGCCGCUAUCAGUACCGUCAGGUGCCCAGCGUGGAGACUACCUACCUGUAUCCGCAGGCUGUGGGCCAUCCGUAUGUGCUCGUGCCGCCCAAGCAUGCAUUGCCCAGCUACCGUCAACUGCAGCUGCAUAAUCCGUUGCUCAAUCAAGUGAAAUUCCAGCCCAAGAAAGUGCCCAAUUUUCUGGAACUGGCGCCCACCGUGGGCAAGAGCCAUGCAUCUAGCGCAUCAGGCAAGGCGCAGUCCUAUCAAAAUGUGAAUCUGCUGCAUGGCCAAGCGGUGCCUGCGUUCAAGAAAACCGCCGGUGGGAGUAAGACCUAUGUGGAUAGCUAUGGCAAGACUCACCUCUUUAGUGAAUUUGACGAUUUGCUCAACAAGCUCGACUUGAAUCCAGCAGGACAAAAGUUGUAUUAGUUUGCUCGCAUAAAUUAUAAGCCCUAGAAUUUAAGACAGAACAAUAGAGAACU